AUGCCCUUCGGUUUUGGAUUUGUCUCCGAAGUCACUCACUACGGUCCCGAGAGGCCCGUCCGGUUGCCCUCCAAGUCUGGGCCAGCCACAUCUAUGAAAGAGAUCAUAUCCAAGCACGUCCCUGAGUUCGAAAACAAAGCCUCUGCUAUUUUGAACCCGUUGCUGUUCUCAGGUGAUCUCCAGACCAUAUAUGCUGGUAUAGGUAACUUUGACUCGGUUGACCAAGUCUACUAUGGAAGAGACGUGAUGACAUAUCCGAAUGGUGGAGCAGGAUGUCUUGAUUUCUGUAUCUCCGAAAGGAGAUAUAGUGAAUAUGAAACCAGUCAAGAUGAUGUUCCAAAGGGUCAAAGUGCGGUCUUACCACCUAGAACGAGAUUUUUUGUUAAGUCAGAACUGGACGGGCUUGCCUCGCAAGAUACUCGACCGCUGUUGGUGCUAUUGCAUGGACUUAGUGGUGGAAGCUACGAGGGAUAUAUAAGAGCGGUUGUGUCCCAAAUCACAGAUGCCAAAUAUGGAUUUGAGGCGGUUGUUCUGAAUGCCAGAGGAUGUGCUUUGUCUCAGAUCACGACUCCUCAGCUGUUUAACGGGUUCUGGACUGACGAUGUGAGGUUCACCAUGAAGUAUCUCAGGAAGCUGUUUCCUCAUAGACCGUUUUUUGGAAUCGGAUUUUCUCUUGGAGCUUCCAUUCUGGCAAACUAUGUUGGCCAAGAGUCUGAUAAUUGCGAUUUCAAGGCUGUGUGCAUCAUGGCGGAUCCGUGGGACUUGGCUGGGUCGGCCUACUGUAUUAAUAGAACGAUACUCGGAUCCAAGGCGUACUCUCCAGCAAUGACGCAAUCCCUGGUGAGUCUCCUCAAGAAACACGAAAAGAUGCUUUUGGAAGAUGAAGCAUUCGCAAAGAGAUAUCAUUCCAAUAUCGAUAAGGUGAAGACUCUCAUAGAGUUUGACAACCAGUUCACGGGCCCCAUGUUCGGGUUCAACACUGCCAUGGAGUACUAUCGUCUCGGUAGUUCAUUUAACCGAAUCAUGGCCAUAAGGACCCCUUGCCUGAUUCUAAACGCUCUGGAUGAUCCCAUAGUGGGUCAUGAGUGCCUUCCCUAUCAUGAAGUGGCUGUCAACCCAUACACUCUGAUGCUGACUACGACCCAUGGCGGUCACCUGGGCUAUUUCAAGCCGAACGGCCAGAGAUGGUAUGCAGACCCCGUUUGCCGUUUUUUCCAUGGUUUUAUGGAGGAUGUUGAUUUAACUCAGGAGAAUAUCACUGAGGGUUGCACAAUGCCUGUAAAACAUAAGGUGGUUGAUGAUAGGCUUGUGGGGCCAUUCAGGACGUAG